UUAAUAAUAAAAACUAUUUAAAUUGGAGUGUGUAUUUUUCUUUCACAUUGCCAGCCACACGUGGUAACCGUUUUAUAAAUGCAAUAGCUCACUUCAGGCCGUGAUAUACGAAUAUCUAUACAAUAUGGGGUUGUCGACACUCCGCUUCUCGUCGGGCCGAACCAAGACGUAGCACAACAGUGCUGGAGCAGAACAACAGUCUGGAGGAUCGCUGUCCAACAUGGAGCAAAGUGAAGGAUCCCAAGUCAUUUCCAGGCUACUUCUCAAAAGCGCCUGCAAGGGGAAGAAAAAGAUUCCGGUCUCCCUGCAGGGUGAUCACUAGCAGUGGGAAGACUGUAACGCUGCAGUUCUAUAUGUUGAAAGGAAAUACAGACAGGACACCAACAGCAAGCAGCGAAUUAGCACUCCUCCUUGCUGGGAUGGGGAGUCGCACCAUCACACUACCCCAAUCUGCUGACCACUUUGAGAUUUCAAGACUCCUGACCAGUCAGCACCCGAAACUUGCGACUUCAUCAGGAGGCUGGCUGCUGUAUAAAGCCCUCGGUGGAUCGGGACAACGUAAACUCUCAGUUAUCCCCCCAGAAACUGAAGGUUAUAAUGGCCACUUUCUCAAAACUGUGACCGGAGGAGUAAAGAACACAAUCUACAUUGUUCCACUCCAGGAUGAAUUGGAUACAUCCCCUCUUCCUCCAGAUGCAAAUGAGUUUCAAAAGAUGCCUAAGGCGUCUUGUAGAGUCUGUGGAUCUUGCAUGCCAUUACAAGUAUUGGCUGCGCAUGUGAAGUCCUGUGUGGAACAUCCAUCAUCAGGAGAUGACUUUGAUCUUCAUGGAGGGUCUUCCCCUGAAGUGACAAUUGUUGCUGAGUCCAUUCCACCAGAAUCUACACCAGGGACUAGUAAUACCAUGAGACCAAAUUUGGCUGCCUGUCCAGUAUGUCUGAUUGAAUACCCACUGGAUUAUUUACAAGUCCAUGCCAGCUCAUGUGGAGACAGUGUGGAGGAAACACCCUCCAGGAUGCAAGAUGCCUCUAAAUCCACUGAAGAUGAAAUUGAAAAUCUUGAUGAUGUUAUCCAGGCAAUUGCUGAUGCAGUAACAACAGAUGGCAAAACCUUUGACAUCACAGUGUCCCGCCAGAACAUGUUGGGCCUCGUGCAAUGGCAGCGCCAAAAGAAAGCAUCCCCAACUAACCAACUGAAAGUCAUCUUUUUAGGCGAUGCUGGUAUAGAUACAGGGGCUCUCCGUAAAGAAUUUCUAACAGGAAUGGUGGCGGGCAUUGAAGAGCGGUUCUUUGAGAAGGGCACCCAUGGCAGAAGACCCAACUAUUCACUGUCUGAUUUAGACAAAGGCCAUUUCAGGACUGUGGGAGAAAUAAUGGCUGCCAGCUUGGCCCAAGGAGGACCAGCUCCGAAUGUCCUGAUGCCUUGGUGCUACAAGUUCCUGUGCACUGGGUCCCUGGACUUGGGACACUUGGACAAAAGCGAUGUGGGAGAUGAUCAAUAUACUGAUCUCUUAUCAAAAGUGGAGGCAGCCACUGACACAACAAUUCAAGUUCUCACAGAGGAGAUCUUGAACUGUGGUUACACAGGAUUAAUCAGCUUGGAGAAAAAGGGCGAAAUAAUCCGUGCUAUUGUCCUCCAUGCAAACCUGAGGCUGUUCCCGAUGCUGCUGCAGAUUAAGGAUGGCUUGAACCUGUAUGGCUUGUGCAAUAUCAUGGCCAAAUACCCUGAUAUCUGUCAGUCUUUGUUUGUACCAGGGGUAGAAAUGACAGCUGAUGCAGACUUCAUCAUAUCUGUGUGCCAAGCAGAAUUCAGUGAGAGAGGCUCAAACAAGGAACAGGUGGAGGUGACUUUAAUGAAUCAUCUGCAGGAUUUCCUCCAGGAAAUGGAGCAAGACAAAACUGAUUCAGGGAUGGAGAAUGCUGCACUUCCCUCAUUGUCUCCAAGAGCAUUUCUUCAGUGGAUAACCGGGCAAGGCCAUGUUCCUGUCCUGCAGGAAGAGAAGAGACGUUUCAAAGUGAAUGUUAAGUUCAAUCAUCACUGCCAGUCACAUUUUGGGGAACACAGCAUAUGUUAUCCAUCUGUUGCAGCUUGCAGUAGAACCAUCACCUUCCCUGUCCAACACAUGAGAUCAUAUGCCGAUUUCAAAGUAGUCCUGGUGGAGGCGUUCCAUCUGGGACAAGAAUUCUCACUGGUGUAGAAUGAAUAAGUUAUUCAUGCAACUGUUGUGGCUGGUUUAGUUCACUUUAAAAGUUUUAACUUUUAGUUUUUAAGACUGCCACAGAUGAAAAACAUUUAAAACAGGAAGAAAACAUUUGUUCUAAAUAAAAGUUUUUUUG